UUAUUAUUAUUAUUAUUAUUAUUUUAAGUGUUUUUCAUGUUUACCUUCCCAGAUUCUUCCAAGCAAAGAAGAAGAGGAAGAAGAAAAUAAAAGGACUGAUUGAUGAGAUCAAUAACAAAAGAAUUUGAUUGAUUGAUUGAUUGAUUGAUAAGGAGAUUUGGGGAGCAGAGGGACAUGGCCACGGAGACCAAGCGGGGUGUGGCCAAGGUCAAGCCCAGCAGUCAUCAAGACGGUUCUUCAAAGGAAAAUUUUGAUUCUUCUAUGAAGAAUAAGAAAAUUGAGAGCUCUAGUAAACAGCCUACUGCUGAUCUUAAACAUAAAUCUGUAUCAAUUGUCACUAAAACAGAGGUAAAAUCAAAAACAACAUCCAGUUCAUCAAAGAUCACCACCACAAAAUCUAGAGUGAGAGAGAAGAAGGUAUACUCCUUGCCUGGCCAGAAAUAUGAUCCUCCAGAAGAGCGAGAACCCCUUAGGAUAUUCUACGAGUCAUUGUCCAAACAGAUACCAACUAGUGAGAUGGCAGAAUUUUGGAUGAUGGAACAUGGCUUGCUAUCCCCUGAGAGAGCCAAAAAGGCAUAUGAGAAGAAACAGAGAAAGCAAAAGAUGCAACGAAUGGGAACUCCAAUUAAAUCCGCUAAACCCCCCAGUAAACCUGAAAGUUCUCAGAAGCAGCAACAAGCAUCAAAGAAUGGCAACUUAAAAUCCAAAAAGAGAAUCAUUGACGAGAAUAAUGGCGACAACUUAACAAGUCCCAAAAGAAGAAAAGAGUAAGAAAUAAAAGUCACCUCAUAAUUUUUAGUGGUGUGUUGUUCCCUGAAAUGACCUCAUUUAUAUUUCUUUACAUUGCUUAAGUAAAGAAAUCUAAAUGAGCAAGAACUGCUAAGAAGGCAGGACUUCUGAACAACCCAGCAAUUGAUCAAGUGAGACAUUCUUUAUAUUUUCUAACUUAAGGAAAAAAUAAACAGAUGUCAUAUCUUGUUCUUCCUCUUUUAACUUGCUGAUGACAAUGUACUUAUUUCUGUGUGAAAUACAUACCCAGUAAUUGAAACACCAA